CGGUGUGCAGGGAUCCAACUGUCGAGACAAAAAGGUAAGCUGUACAUGUGGCGCUGGGUCCACAUGUACAGCCACAUUUUUGUGGCUGAAAUAUCGUAAGUGUCAAGCAAACUCAUCCGUGAUUUCAAUCUACUACUCAGUAUCGUUAAAAUGUCCAUCAUCAGACCACUAACCUGCAACGACUUAUUCAAGUUCAACAAUGUGAAUCUGGAUCCCCUGACUGAAACCUAUGGCCUGCCUUUUUACAUGCUGUAUUUAGCCCGGUGGCCCGAAUAUGUACAAGUAGCUGAGUCCCCCAGUGGAGAGCUUAUGGGUUAUAUUAUGGGAAAAGCGGAAGGCCGAGGAGAUUCUUGGCAUGGUCACGUAACAGCACUUACUGUCUCUCCAGAUUACAGACGGUUGGGCCUCGCUGCUAAACUCAUGAAAUACCUGGAGGAAGUCUCAGAAAAGAAACAAGCUUAUUUCGUCGAUCUCUUCGUACGGGUGAGCAACAAAGUGGCAAUUCAAAUGUAUCAACAGUUGGGCUACAUCGUCUAUCGAACAGUCUUAGAAUAUUACAGUGGAGAUCCAGACGAAGAUGCUUACGAUAUGCGAAAGGCACUCUCGAGAGAUAUUUUUAAACAAUCUGUCAUACCACUGACCCAUCCUGUACGUCCGGAAGAUGUCGAAUGACAUACGGAUGAUGAAUAAAUUUCCACUGAGCAAUAACAGCAUUAUGUAAAUUAUUAAUAGCAUCACUAAAUAUCUUCCUAUAUAAUCAUAAAGCAAAUGUUACAUUUAUUCAUUAGUUUUCAAUACGGAUACGGAUACUGUUCAUUUGUCUUUUUCAUAUUUAAAAUUUAUGUACGAAAAAGACAAGCGUGAUUGAGGGACUUUCCAAUCGUGGAAGUAAUUGACAACAACUUGCGAUAUUUAAUUUCACUGAGUGUUAUUGCAAAAAUUAAUGGUACAUGAAUAAAUAAAUAAUGAAUUAUUGAUCACAA